AUGUCGCAAGCAAACGUCUCGACUGGGGUCGUGAAUGAGGAUCUGAUACCGAGCGAGGAACCAUUUCCCUCCUCCUCCUCCUCCUCCUCUGUCUUUGCCGUUCAGCCUGUGGCGACUGGCCUUUCCCUUGACGCCAGCUCGUUUGACAUGGCGUUCUAA